ACUUCUCCAAUAAAAAUGCGACACGUUUCUUUGUCUAGCUGCCCCCUAAAGAUGAAGAAGAAGAAGAAGGGAAGAAGAAAAAAAUCCCCUCGUGCUCUCUUUUUGGGAAUAAGUGUUGUCUAUAUAAAUAGCAACCAUGUGGAGCUCAAAGUGAUCAGUGAGUUAUUUGAAGUAACAGAAGAAAAGAAAACAAUGGGAAGCACAGAGAGAGGACUCUACUUUGUUUUCAUGAAUUAUGAUCCUGAAUUUGAGCGUCUUCAAGCUGACCGUACAAAGAGAGCUGCAUUUGAGGUUGAUAUAUAUCUGAGUAGGAAGCACGACGAGCUGUUGGCGAACACCCUUGGAAUUGGGACUUACAAGAAGGCAUUGUCUCUCAAAAUUGUUGAUGGGUUUGCUGUGCAGAUCACUGAACAUCAGGCCAAUGUGCUUAGAUCUGUGAAUGGUGUGAGAGUAGUGGAGAAGAAUCAAGUGUUUAAUUAGCACAAAGUAAGGUGAACAGAUGGGUUUGUUUUACAUCUGUCAAAUGUGGAUGCUGGUGAAUUCCGAGCUAGGACGAUUUGUAAUUGGUUCUGCUUUAGUUUUCUCGUAAUGUUAUAUUUCUUUGUCUGUCUCUCCGUGGUUAUUUCUUUUCUCCUGUAAGAACUGAACAGUAUAACAACGGCUUGCUGGUUGAGAUUGUGAACUUGAUGACGAUAAUUCUUACUCAGUUCAAUA